AAUACCAGGAUACAAAGAGGAUACAUGUAUUGUGUAUAUAUAAAGGAAGAAGAGGUGAAAGAGCUACAGAAAUUCACGGUAUUCAAGAAAACACUGAUAACGGAUUCGAUUCACAACAAUUUAAACCAAAGAAACCCAAGAUGAAUAAGAAGGAAUAUCCGUGUAAUGAGUGUGAGUAUGUGGCAACUCGAGCAGGUCACCUGAAGAUUCAUAUUGAAAAUAAACAUUUAGGAGUGAAGUACGCUUGUUCUGAAUGUCAGUAUUCUGCAGCUACUACAGGAAAUCUGAAGAGACAUGUUCAGAGUAUGCAUGAAGGUGUAAGAUAUCCUUGUUCUGAAUGUAAUUAUGCUGCAACUACAGCAUGGGAUCUAAAGAAGCAUGUGGAAAUUAUACAUAUAAUAGGUGUGAAAUAUCCUUGUACUAAAUGUGAUUUCGUUGCAGCUACAGCUGAUAUUCUGAAGCGACAUGGACAACGUUAUCAUGAAGAAGUGAGAAUCCCUUGUUCUGAAUGUGACUACGUCACAGCUACAGCAAGAAAUCUGAAGUUGCAUGUCAAAAGUCAACAUGAAGGAGUGAGAUAUCCAUGCUCUAAUUGUUCUCACGCUGCAACCACAGCUAGUGCGCUUAGGAGACAUAUUGAAAGUAAACACAAAGGUGUAAGAUAUCCCUGUGAUAAAUGUGACUAUACUGCAACUGCAGUAGGUGAUCUGAAGAGACGUGUCAAUAAAAAACACCCGUGAAAAAUUCCUAAUUUUUGUAAGUUCUGCAAAGUUACUAAAACUUGUCUAGUUCUUUAAUCUCUCAUCAUAAUUGUAUUUUCGGGAUUCAAAUUAUCUAAACUGUCAUCAACAUUUAUUAUUUUACCGGCAGAAAAUUAUGAAAAUUAUAUAUUGCAAAAUUCUUUGGACUUCUAUGUGUGAACUUCUAUUCAAAAAUUGGCCUGAGCUGGAAACUUGAGAUGAAUGCUUGAUCCUCUCUAAUUCUUAAUCUCGAGACUAACGUAAUCUUAUGUAAAUGUAUCCUGAAAAGUGUAUU